GCGUCCCAUCGCGGCGCGCGGAGUCUAGGGCCACGUAGCUCCGGCGGUCCGGGGAGACGACGCAUCUUCUUCAUGGCUUCUGCGGACACCUGGCGUGUGGGGGACGGCGCCGGGGGCGCCUUCCAGCCUUACCUCGAUUCCUUGAGGCAGGAGCUGCAGCAGAGGGAUCCAACGCUGCUGUCCGUGGCGGUGGCGGUGCUCGCGGUCCUGCUGACGCUGGUGUUCUGGAAGUUCAUCUGGAGCAGAAAGAGCAGUCAGAGAGCUGUUCUCUUCGUCGGGCUGUGUGACUCUGGGAAAACGUUGCUGUUUGUCAGGUUACUAACUGGCCACUACAGAGACACACAGACUUCAAUUACCGACAGUUCUGCUGCAUACAAAGUCAACAAUAACAGGGGCAAUAGCCUGACUUUGAUCGACCUCCCUGGGCACGAGAGCUUGAGGUUUCAGUUCUUAGAUCGAUUUAAGUCUUCAGCCAGGGCUGUGGUCUUCGUGGUGGAUAGUGCAACGUUCCAGCGGGAGGUGAAAGAUGUGGCCGAGUUUCUGUAUCAGGUCCUCAUCGACAGCAUGGGUCUGAAGAACACACCAUCCUUCUUAAUAGCCUGCAAUAAGCAAGAUAUCGCAAUGGCAAAAUCAGCAAAGUUAAUUCAGCAGCAGCUUGAAAAGGAACUCAACACCUUACGAGUCACCCGGUCUGCUGCUCCCAGCACACUGGACAGUUCCAGUACUGCACCUGCUCAGUUGGGAAAGAAAGGCAAAGAAUUUGAAUUCUCCCAGUUGCCCCUCAAAGUGGAGUUCCUGGAAUGCAGUGCCAAGGGUGGGCGUGGGGACGCCGGCACUGCCGACAUCCAGGACUUGGAGAAGUGGCUGGCCAAGAUCGCCUGAGAGGCAGCCCUGGCUGCAAACCUUGGUCAUCUGUGACUGGCUGGCGGUCGGGAAAGGGCUGUGGUGGUGUGGAGCUGAUAAAGAAGGAGCAUGGUAUGUGUCUGCAGCAUCUCCGUGAUCUAGAAACAAUUACAGCAGCCUGAGAGCCGUUGUCCCUCCCUGUCAGCUCCUUCCUAACUAGUCCUUUUUAUUUAACUCCUGUUCUCCCUUUGGUAGCUGUAGCAUUGCUUUAGUGUGUGACAACAGCAGAGAGGCUAUUACCAUGAGAAUGGGCUUAUCUGGAAAGUUCUUGUCCUCUGCCUGUCUGCUCCAGUCCCUAUUCCUGGAACCAGACCUGCCUGUUUAUGGAACCAGUUCAGAACCACAGAGCACAGUUGACAAUGUUCUUCAUAGGCUCAGUGACCUGUUUCCUCUCCAGCUUAGGUUCAAAAGCCUCCUGGGAACCCCUAGAGUCACCCUCACAUAAUGGAUAUAACAGCCAAGCCCGCACACACUCAUGGUUUACUGUGCUAUAGAGGCUCCCCUGGGGAGAGCCGGGAGACAGCACACUGCUGCCUCUGAGGGUGGGUGAGGCCCUGGGCUGUCUGCCUGUGCUACUUGAUCACCUCCUGUGAGUCACCUCAACUCAAAUGCUGUGGAACAAUACAAACUGAAAAAGUCCACUGUA